AUGGUUGCAUCAUUCUUCAUUAUUGCUUUGCUUCUCUUUACUCAUCAAUCCUUUGCUCAAACUUAUCAAGGAGAGCAUUGUGAUCUUGGGUGUUUAUUAAAGAAACUUAAUCUUACAAUAGAACUUGGUAGAAAUGAUGCAUGUGCCAGUGAUAUUAGAACUGCCCAAAUGUGUUUUAAAUCAAUAAAUAUUAAUUCAAUUGAACUUGGUGAAUUAACUACUUCAGAAGAUAAUGUAAUAAAUCCACAAUCAUUAACAGUUAAUGUUGGAGUAAAUAGUAUAUAUGCUAAAGCUGUUUUUUGGUUAUACAAAAACACUGAUGCAGAAGUUGGUGAAAUGGAAUUUGUUGUUAAAAAUAUUAAAGUGAGUAUGGCUCUUGAUUUUGAAACAGAAGAGUAUCUGGGAUAUAAUAUUGUUAAAAAAGUAUUUACUAAAAUAACUGUUCAUGACGGAAUAUCUUUUGAGAACGUUGUUUGUACAUGUUAUGAUGGAGGAUUUAUUAGUGACCAUACUUGUUGGUGGAUUAAAACUACUGUUGAUAUAGCUAAUGGACUUCUUGAUAGUAUUGUUCCUACAGUACUUGAUAGUCAAAUGUCUAAAAUUGAAGAAUCAGUAAAUACUGCUUUAACUGAUUUAUUUGCUGAUGUCAAUGAUAAUUAUAUUAAACCAUAUAUUGGUAAUCUUGACCCUCAAUAUAUUCCUGUUCCAGAAGGAAUGAUGAACGUAACUGAAAGUUCAAUGUUUGAUAUGGUUUCUUGGGCAACAACUUAUUUACUUGGAGGUAAUACUUCACUUGGAUUAAAUAAUUUAAUCAAUAGAUUCACACAAAAUACAGGAAAUAUUGUGGUUGGAUCAAAUAAUAAUGAUACAUUCUCAGAUUUGUCUCCAUUAAUUGUAGAAUUAUUAACUUUCAAUGAUAUUGAUUUAGGCGAUCUUAAUGCUACUUUGGAUUUCGGAAUUACAUUCUUUAAUAUUAGUGGAUUAAACACUUGUAGUAAAAUGGAAUUCUUUGAGCCAUUAAGAAAUACUAUUGACCCAGUUACAAAUCAAUCAAUUUGUAAUACUUUAGAUACAUGUGAUCAACAAUUAAAACUUUCAUCUGCCCUUGAUCGUUUAGAAAUUAAUAUAACAUUUGCACUUAAUAUUACUUCUAAUAGUACUACACUAGAUAUGGAAGGAGAGGUAUUACAUGAAGAAGGUAAUUUAUAUAUUAAAGUAACUGAUAAUUAUAUGGAAGGAAGAGUUCAAGUUGCUAUUCCAGAAGGACAAUUUGAAGAGUAUUCAAAUAACCAAUGCACUAAUCUUACUUGUUGGUUAGCAUUAUUCCAAAAUGGUACUGGUAUUCCAUACAUUCAAUUUAAUACAUCAUUGGAUUCUUUACAUUUAAGUGCUGGAUCCCCUGAUGCAACAAGUGAAUUAGAUAGAGGGGUUCAAAGUUUAAUUAAUUCUGUUGCUGAUGUAUUUAUUAAUAGAUAUAGAGCAGUUAUUCCUGUAUUCUUAAAUGGAUUAGUCAAUAAUCUUGGAACUGGUUUUAUUAAUGAUUACCUUAAUGAUAAUUUAAAUGCUACUUGUGAAGAAAAUCCUGAUCCUGAAGUAAAAGAGUAUAAACCAGCUAUUGUGGCAUCAACAAUUUCAAUUGCAGUUGUAUUAUCUAUUAUUUUAUGUGCUAUUGCAAUUAUUGUUUUAGUUGUUAAAUGGAGAUUUGGAAAGAAUCAUGAAGAGUCAUCUGUAACAACUACAGGAGAGAGUAAAGAAAGUGAUUCAUCAAGCGAAGGGGAAAAAGAAAAGAAACCAUUUUUACAAAGAUUAAAAUCAUUCCCAUUGUGGUUCUGUAAACAAUGGUUAAGAACAGAUGAAAAAGGAGCAUCAUUAUUCCUUCAUCCUCGUGUUAAUAUUGUGAUUAGAGUUAUUAUGCCAUUCUUAAUUCUUUUGAAUAUUGCAUUAUUCAUUACAUCUAAUACAGGUACAGGAGCCACAGUUAAUGCAUAUAUCUCAAUUGGAAGUGGUCAAGUUAUUACAAUGCCAGUUUCUGAUUUUGGGUUAAUGAAUUCAGUAGAAGAUAUGUGGACAGCUGGAGUAUAUCCACUUGCUGUUUUAAUUAUGGUAUUCUCUGGAAUUUGGCCUUAUACCAAAUUAGUAAUUUUAUUAUUCACAUGGUUUAUGCCAUCAACAUUAGUUGUUCCUAAAGUAAGAGGUAUUAUUUUAAAAGUAUUAGAUGCGUUAGGUAAAUGGUCUAUGCUUGAUUCAUACGUUAUGGUAUUGAUGAUUGUUUCAUUUUUUCUUUGA